CCCCAGACGUAUAAUAGGAACCAGUUACCACUAGAUUUCACUUCGGUCAAUAUUCCUCAACGACAUGAAGGCCGCUAUUCUCCUCUGCCUCGCCAUUGGCGCCGUCGUCGGACAAAUUCCGUCCCCUUGCAACUCCCCACCCCAAUGGGAAGGGCGAGAGGUUAGGAUUGAUUACAGUCAAAAGUAUGAGGAGAGGAGGAGACUGUUUUACGACCAGACAAACAUGAGGACCCACACAAUGGCUGAGGUCGAAUUAAACAGCACACGCGAGUUUUAUGACGUCAUCAUGCUAUUUAAUGAGAGGAAGAUGUACAGCUUGAACAGGAGGACACAGCAAUGUAACGUUACAGCUAUCGAACCCGAUAGGUCUUUCCACUACCGCGGUGUCCACCCCAACGCCAGAUUCGAAACAAUCAUGUCAUUGGGAGCAGCUGGAUUCCCAGGCGAGAAUAUCCAGGUGGAGGUCUUCUCCGCUAACGAGACUAACGAUUAUUACACUGGAUUGGUUACCUCCCCUGGUUGUAUUCCUGUUACUAAUUUCCAUUUGUCUCAGAAGUACGGAUUUGAGCAUUCAAACUAUUUCGACAUCACAAUUGGUAUUUCUGAACCUACGGCCUUCGUCCCACCACCAAACUGCAAGCCACCACCAUCAUAGGUCUAAGAUACAAUAAAAUUACUAAAAAUACA